UUCGCUUGGUUUGGGGAAACCAGCAGCUGGAGCUGGGACAGACGCGACCCGUGACCUGCGGAUAUUCACCUUUUCGUGUUCUUACUGUGCCGUGGAGCUGUUAACACGCGAGUUCAAGUCACCGGAGACCAAUGCACGCGCUGCUUCUUCAUGUCAAGGGAGGAUAAAGUUUACGAGCGUCACUAACGUCAUGUCACUGAGGACUUAGCUUGGAUGCUAAGCUAGUAGUGCCACCACUGAGGGACAGUUCUACUUCUCCAGUGACAAACAGCCAUGUCUUCAUGGAUGUGUGAAGCGGGAGAAUGAGUGUGCGCCCGCGAUGGAGCAGAUGCCACCACCUUCCACCAGAGUCUGUCCUGCUCCACACCACGAUUAGCUGACCAUCAACUGCUGGAGACGACGGGGAAGCCUUGCAGGGAUUCUGUGUGAGAAGCUUCUGCUCUCGGCUUGAAUAGUGAGUCUGAACUCGUCCUCUGCACCAUGGCUGCUGUUAGCGGGGUCAACGUGCAGUCCCAUCUCGGAGACGGCGCACUGGCAGGUCCAGCAGGAGCAGGGCUGCCCGCCGUGUCCUUCACAAACACCUCGGUUUCCUCCAGCCCGACGCCAGGCACCGAUGCUCGCGGGUGCGAGAACGGCGCCCUGAUGGACUCCUUUGGGAUCUUCCUGCAGGGACUUCUUGCUGUGAUGGCUUUCAGCACGCUGAUGUUGAAACGCUUCAGGGAACCAAAACAUGAAAGGAGACCCUGGAGGAUCUGGUUCCUGGAUACCUCAAAACAGGCCAUAGGAAUGUUGUUCAUCCACUUUGCGAAUGUCUACUUGUCAGGCCUCACAGAGGAGGACCCCUGUUCACUAUACCUCAUUAACUUCCUGUUAGACGCCUCUCUGGGCAUGUUGCUGAUCUAUGCCGGAGUGAGAGCCGUCAGUGCUAUUGUAGAGUGGAGGCAGUGGGACUCCCUGCGCUUUGGAGAAUACGGCGAGCCAGUGCAAUGCACAGCAUGGCUGGGCCAGUGUAUCCUCUACAUCCUCAUCAUGAUGUUUGAGAAAGUCCUCAUCAUGCUGGUUCUGCUCAUUCCCCAGUGGAAAAAGUUGGCUCUCCUCAACCCCAUAGAGAAUCCUGACCUGGAGCUGGCCAUCGUCAUGCUCAUCGUUCCAUUCUUUGUUAACGCCCUAAUGUUCUGGGUGGUAGAUAACUUCCUCAUGAAGAAGCACAGGACAAAAGCAAAGCUGGAGGAGAGAGAGGAGGACUCGCGGGGGAACAGCAAGGUGCGCUACAGAAGAGCUCUGUCCCACGACGAUUCAGAGUCUGAGAUCCUCUUCUCAGCAGACGAUGAAAUGGACGAGUCCGACGAAGACGAUGUGCGACGGUUGACUGGUCUUAAGACGGUGAAGAAGAAGAAGCUGCGCAUGGGGAUCCCCGUUUGACCCGAGCAGUACUUGACUUCACCACACUGAUCCACAUACAUUCCCCACCCUGUACCACCACAGAUCCUGACUUCAGCCUCUUUUCAAACAUGAAAUACUCACUGAUGGACGGCAGAAGAUGGAUGCUGUUGUUGAAUUCUCUUCUCCUGCAAAAAAAAACUGUGUCUAACCUGGAUUUGACACUUGGGGAGACAUUCUCUUGGGUUUCAUUUCACUCCUGUUGACUGUAUGGG